UCUUUGAUGUUUUGUUGCUAGUAUAUAUAGAGAGAGAUGGACAGGAGAUGUUGCUUGUGACUUCAGAGUGCUAACUGUCUAGGUAUAACUAGCUAGGUAGCUUCUUGUGCUUGCUGGCCUCUCUGCCAUGGCGGUAGCUCACCUUCUUCUCCAACUGAUCUCCAUGGCUGGCAAUGGUGGAGCCUGCAGGAUGGUUCCUGCCAUUCUCUUCCUUCAGCUCCUCUUCAGAGCGCUUGGCGCGGAGGGCGCGUCGUCGUUCAGCUUCAGCAACGCGUGCCAGUAUCCGGUGUGGGUGGGCGUGCUCCACGGCGCCAGCUCGCCGCCGCUGGCGCGCUCCGGCUUCUACCUCGCGCCGUCCGGCACGUUCCACCUCGCCGCGCCGUCGUCGGGGACGUGGUCCGGCACGUUCUGGGCGCGCACAGGCUGCGCCGUCGACUCCUCGACCGGCCGGUUCGCCUGCGCCACCGCGGACUGCGGGUCCGGCGACGUCACCUGCGACGGCCGCGGCCCGUCGCCGCCGGUCACGCUCGCCGAGAUCACCCUCGCCGCGCCCGGCUCCGGCGGCCAGGACUUCUACGACGUGAGCCUCGUCGACGGGUUCAACGUGCCGGUGCGCCUCGCGCCGUCGGGCGGCGGCGGCGGCGGCGACUGCCACGCCGUGGCGUGCGCCGGCGACGUGAACGCCGCGUGCCCGUCGGACCUGCGCGUCGUGUCCAAGUCCGGCGGCGGCGGCGUGGUGGCGUGCCGGAGCGCGUGCGACGCGUACCGGAGCGCGCGCUACUGCUGCACCGGCGAGUACGGCUCGCCGUCGGCGUGCGGGCCGACCAACUACUCGCAGGUGUUCAAGAGCGCGUGCCCGGCGGCGUACAGCUACGCCUACGAUGACGCCAGCAGCACGUUCACCUGCGUUGGCGCCUCCAGCUAUGACGUCACCUUCUGCCCUCGGUCCUAAAUUAAUGGCCUCACUCGUGAUAAUUACAAAGUGAUGCUAAUUAAGUUACUAUGAGACUAUCAUCA